AUGGUACAUUUUGAUAAUUUGAAUAUAAUAGGAGGAGAGCUGGAUAAGAUGGAGGAAGACUCUCUCCAAAUUGAAGAAAAGAUAAAGUGGGGAGAUGGAUUUGCAGUAGUUUAUUCUGUCACUGACAGGUGUAGCUUUGAUGAGGUGAUGAGGCUGUGCUUUCUCAUCAACCAUAUCCAUUCUAGCCCAAAGCGGAACAGUGCUAGUGGAGAACCGCCGGUUGUGAUUGUUGGAAACAAGAAGGACCUACAAUUUGACCGAAUGGUAACCUUUGAGGAUGGAGAAAAUCUCUCCAAGGCUCUGAAGCAUCCUUUCUAUGAGAUCUCUACCAGGGACAGUUAUGAAGAGACUGUGAUGGUCUUCAACACCCUAUAUGGUGAGCUGAUGAAGCAAGGGCACUUUUCCCCAGGGUCCUUCAAGAGGCGAGCAUCAUCUAAAUUAAUGGAAAAGAUUCCUAAAAUUCAUGCCAAUUCAAGUUUAACUUCAGCAGGCAGGAGUCUCAGCUUCAAUUCAUUCAGGGACUACAUCCCAGAGUGAACAUUUGUCUAAGCUGUUGUACAGUGAUGUUCAAAGUACACAGAGCCAGUUCGAGAUAACAAGGGAGAGGUUGCAGAAUUCGUAGCACAAAGGGCAAGAGGCCUGCACGUUGUUAGGAAAGCUUUUUUUUUAAAAAAAAAAAUUCCAUCAAAAUUGGAGUAUCUGAGUUUGAUCCUUAGCUGAUAGCACAAGGCUAUGUGAUGCAACAGAAUAACUUACUGGAUGAUACCAAUGGACAAUCUGUACCUGAAUUUUUAUUUCCAAAACAUAUUUCUGAAAAUCCAACCCAAAAUUAAUGAUUCUUCCCCCCCCGUUAUUGUCUCCUAACAAUUAAUAUUCACAGUCAAUAAUAGUAGCCUACAAUCUCUGGCCCAAGGGGUUCCAUUUAGCCAAUGUUUCCAGUAUAUUUCACUUGGCCUAUUCCACAUAUCCUCCCCUAUGAAUUUGUUUCUUCCAUUUUAAACUAAUUGAAGCCAGUAGCCAUCUUAAUGGCAGAAAAUUCUAAAAGUAAGUGAGUUGUGGCGUGUUCUCAUGUAGAGUCUUUUGAAUUUGGAUUUAAGAGCACUGUGAAGCACCAUUGGGUUGGGCCCUUUUUAUUUUCCCUUCAACAAGAAAAGCAGUCAACUAAAUGUCUUUGCAAAUGGGAAUUCAGGUGCUGAAUUCAACAAUCGCUGAGCCGUGUUAAAUGUUGAUCUAUCUUUUAUGUGGUUUACAACAGGGGUUGAAAAGGUCUUAGAUAUACUGUUAUCUCUCUGGUUCUUACUAUUGAUCUGUUUUUUCCAACAAGAAUAUUAUAUGUGCAUCUUUUACAGACUGAUUAAGACCAUUGUUAUUAUUUGUUUUGGAUGGAUGCAGUAAAAACCACCCUUAAUUUAGUCAAAUAUACUUAGGCCACUGAAAAUGCUGGCUUGAUCUAUAGGCCUGAGUAAAAAGGGUGCUUUAUUUGCAUAAGAAGGUAUAGUGAGAUCAGUCUUUGUGGCCAGAGGGAAGAGGUGAAUUCAGAGAACGGGGCAAGUUUACAGGAUCCUACAACUUAGUAUUUAAAUGCUUAUUAAGUCUACUGCCAGGAAAUUCCAGGUACUCUUUACCAGAGUAAUUUGAAUUCAGAUAAUUUAGGUGCUGUGGAUAACAGGAGCCAAGAAUGUGUUCAUCUGCCUCCCCACUUUUCAGAUUGUGCUUGAAAAUGUGAAAAUAUGAAGCUGCCUCAUGGGAAGGUCCUUCUAGCCUAUGAGUUUCUAGUUGGACAGAUGGGAACUCUUUAACAUCUCAGGUUCACUGUUCCUUGAGAAGCUUUGGCAAAUAACAUGUUCCUUAUUUAAAGAAAAAUAACUGGAGAAAUGCUUGAAGCAUAUAUAAUUUGCCACAGAUCUACUGUCCCUCUUCAAGCUAUUUUUUUCCCCUCUGGGAGCUUCAUCUACUAGGCCGAUGCAUUGCUCAGACUCCCAGGCACCUGCUGUUUUGGAGGGCGAGAUGACAGAUUAGUUGAUUCAGUUUGUUCCCUAAGGCUCCUACGUGGCUUCUCUGCAUUGGAAAACAGCCGCCUGCUCACUACCUACUACUCACUUCUUUACAGUGGUUGGUGUGGCUUCUUUGCCAUGCAGCACACAGAAACAAAAAGAUCUGUGUCUUAAACAUGCAGAUAUUUUACAUACACACUAAGGGAUGCUCUGUAUUUCUAAAAAUAAUAAAUAUGUCUGUACUAA